CGGGGCUUUGUUGAGAUUUUUGUUGUUUUGGUUGAUUCAGGGAGAGGAGUGUUUGUUCAUGGUCUGAUAGUCGGUUGAACGAGUUGUUGGUUUAAUCAAAAAGAAGAAGCGGAAUUUUGUGCCAUAGAAGUGUGGCUAAGGUGCAGCCGUUGGACCACCGAAGCCCCGUGGUGGUGGUGUCGUUGCCGGCAAGUGGUCAGUUAUCCCACUGCACCAUGGCGCUCUCCGAAGCACAGAAACUCUUGGACGAGCUCAUGGGCCGGCACCGGAAUGCCAACCCGAACGAGACGCUCCGAACGAUGGAGUGGGCCGAGGAAGAUGUUUGCCGGCACUUUCUUAUCAAAUUCUGUCCGCAUGACCUCUUCACGAAUACCAAAGCUGACUUGGGCCCGUGUGCCCGUGUGCAUGACGAUCGACUGCGUAUUCAGUUUAACGAGGAGGCAUCUGAGGACUAUAAGUUACGCUACGAACACUCGUUCAUCGAUAUGUGUCGAGACCUUCUGAAAGAUGUGGACCGCAAAAUACAACGUGCUCGCCAUCGUCUCGACAUGACAGCGGAACUAAGGGAACAAGAAGCAAAAAAAGAGGUAAAGUCACCGGAUGGCGAACGUAUCCAGGUGCUUAACGACAAGAUCAGUGUUCUACUCAAGAAAAUUGAAGAGCUCGGCUCGAAGGGCGAGGUUGAGGAGGCACAAGGCCUGAUGAAACUCUGUGACGAGCUAAAAGUGGAGCGUCAACAGCUUUCUGCACAGGCGAGUCGCUCGAACCACGACUGGAUGAAAGUCAAUCUUGAGCAGGACAAAUCAAUGGAAGUGUGCGACGUCUGUGGAGCAUUCCUCAUCAUUGGGGACGCCCAAUGCCGGGUGGACGAUCACCUGAGCGGCAAACAGCACGUGGGCUAUUCGAAAUUGCGAGAGUCCGUCGUCGAAUACGAAAAGCGGCGCGAGGAGGCCGAGCGACGAAAACGAGAGCGACGUCGGAGCAAGGAUCGGCGAGAUCGUGGUGGCAUCGGUGCUGGGGGUGCUGAUCGGUCCAGAGAUCAAGGAGGAGACCGCUCUAGCAGAGAACGAGGUUCCGACCGUGAGAAGGAACGAGGAGCAGACCGAGACAAAGAGCGGGCAGACCGUUCACGCGAACGACUCGACCGAGGCGAACGAGGAAGUGGGAGGGAUCGCUCGAGAGAUAGAAAUGAUCGUGGUGACAGAAGUGACCGGUGUGAUCGCACUGACCGACGGAGAGAUCGAUCACGAGACCGGAGUAAAGAUAGGAGAAGAAGAGACCGCAGCCGAGACCGAAGAGAUCGCUCGCGAGAAAGAGACCGAUCCAGGGACCGGGAUCGGUCGCGCGACAGAAAGCGUCGAUCUCGCUCACCGCGAUCGAGCAGACGUUGAGAACGAGAGGAGCCAUAAAAAAAACAAAAGGGAAAAAGGUACGGAGAGUGAACUGAUGUCUGUUAUCUGAUCAUUCGCUUUCAUCCCACUUGUCAGCCACCGUUGACCGCCUUCCGUUCUUUGUGAACACCCUGUUCAGAUACCGUUGUAAAAAUCGAAUGAAAAAAAUCUAGGUGACAGAAAAAA